CCCCAGCUCACUCUCUACUCGUUUGUUGGUUCUCAGUGGGCGGGCGUUGCCCAUCUUGCCUUGGCAGAGAAGGAAUUCUCUGCAGAUGACUAUGAGAUCAAGGAGAUAAACUUGGCGGCAGCUGAGAACUUUGCGCCAGAAUAUCUCAAGAUCAACCCCCAUGGCACCAUCCCAGCCCUGGUGUCUUCUGCCCUCGAAAAGCCCCUCGUACAGAGCAUGGACAUCCUCCGUUACGUAGACAGCCUGGGUGAAGCCACUCUCGUACCCAAAGACUCCAAGGUGCAACAAAAGGCGCAGCAAAUCAUCGAUCACGUUCACUCUGCAGACGUCAACACUAAUGUCAUCCUCUUUGAUGCUCGUGAUACCAAGGAGAUGGAGGCAAAGAAAGCCAGCAAGUGGAAGGACUUUCUCCAGAACAGACAGAACAAGCUCGAGCAGGAACACAAGGCAGCACCUGACAAUGCUUUCUACAGCUUCAAGAGGGAAGAGAAUGAGGCACUGAAUAAACUCUAUGCCGCGGAGAUUGGCAUCGAUCACCAGCAAUUUUUCGAAAUCUCUCAUUAUCAGUACCGCACCUUUGCAUCCGGCAUGACCAAGCUUGAGGACAUUCUCGUGCUCCCCUUCGCUGCCGGAGACUCUCUCACAGAAGCCGACCUUCACGUCAUACCCUGGCUCUCGCAUGCCAUGCGGGGAGCUGGAACAGAGCCGACUGAUAUUCACAACUUUGGGCCGUUGGAAGAGUUGAUUCGAAAGUCAGACCCUGAGUUCAAUGUUGGACCGAAGACUAAACAGUGGUGGAAGACGGUCUCUGAGACCAAGUCGUUUAAAAAGGUUUAUCCAAUCCUUCACUAA